AUGAAUGUGACAAGUUUAUUCUCCUUCACCAGCCCAGCGGUGAAGAGGCUGUUGGGAUGGAAGCAGGGGGAUGAAGAAGAGAAAUGGGCAGAGAAAGCUGUUGAUGCAUUAGUGAAAAAACUGAAGAAGAAAAAAGGUGCUAUGGAGGAGUUGGAAAAAGCAUUAAGCUGUCCUGGUCAGCCCAGCAACUGUGUGACAAUUCCUCGUUCGUUGGACGGCAGGCUUCAGGUUUCCCACCGGAAGGGGCUACCGCACGUCAUCUACUGCCGAGUGUGGCGCUGGCCAGACCUGCAGAGCCAUCAUGAACUGAAACCACUGGAAUGCUGCGAGUAUCCCUUUGGUUCAAAACAGAAGGAGGUCUGCAUCAAUCCCUACCAUUACAAGCGGGUAGAGAGUCCUGUCCUUCCUCCAGUGUUGGUUCCAAGGCACAGCGAGUACAACCCUCAGCACAGCCUCCUGGCCCAGUUUCGCAACCUGGGACAGAACGAGCCCCACAUGCCGCACAACGCUACUUUCCCGGACUCUUUUCAGCAACCCAAUAGUCACCCCUUCCCUCACUCGCCCAACAGCAGCUAUCCAAACUCGCCUGGAAGCAGCAGUAGCACCUACCCACAUUCUCCAGCCAGCUCAGACCCAGGAAGUCCUUUCCAGAUGCCAGCUGAUACCCCUCCUCCUGCUUACCUGCCUCCGGAAGAUCAGAUGACACACGAUACCUCCCAGCCAAUGGAUACCAACAUGAUGGCACCCACAAUUCCCCCUGACAUACACAGAGGAGAUGUUCAAGCAGUUGCUUAUGAGGAGCCAAAGCAUUGGUGCUCCAUUGUCUACUAUGAGCUGAAUAAUCGCGUUGGGGAGGCAUUCCAUGCUUCUUCCACCAGUGUCCUGGUAGAUGGCUUCACUGAUCCUUCCAACAACAAGAACAGAUUUUGCCUGGGGCUGCUCUCCAACGUUAACCGCAACUCCACCAUUGAGAACACCAGGCGGCACAUUGGCAAAGGUGUUCAUCUCUAUUAUGUUGGUGGGGAAGUGUAUGCUGAAUGUCUUAGUGACAGCAGUAUUUUUGUGCAAAGUCGAAACUGCAACUACCAUCAUGGGUUCCAUCCUACCACAGUCUGCAAAAUCCCCAGUGGCUGCAGCUUGAAGAUUUUCAAUAAUCAAGAGUUUGCUCAGCUUUUGGCUCAGUCCGUGAACCAUGGCUUUGAGACAGUGUAUGAGCUUACAAAGAUGUGCACUCUCCGUAUGAGUUUUGUAAAGGGUUGGGGAGCUGAAUAUCAUCGCCAAGAUGUAACAAGCACUCCAUGCUGGAUAGAGAUACAUCUUCAUGGUCCCCUUCAGUGGCUGGAUAAAGUACUUACUCAGAUGGGCUCUCCUCAUAAUCCUAUUUCUUCAGUGUCUUAAAAGGUCCCAAGCCCUUGCAUUUUGGAAACAAUUGAGCCUUGCAUGUACUUGAAGGACGUAUGAGUCAGACACACAUUUUAUUUUUUUUCCCCUCUGAACUGGUGACAGCUGAAUAAGAGCCAUGAAAGUACUUGACUUCUUUGACCAACUGUUGGAUUCAGAAAAAAAAACCCAA